AAGAAGAUAAUCUAAAAAUUCUUUCGUAAAUGACACAGCAUAAAAAUCUGGGAAGCCAAAGUAAAUCCUUUGUGAUCAUUUCAGCCAGGUUCUCCGAUUCUUCGAAAGCCUUGGCAGACUACAUCCAUGGCCGCCGUGGCAUCUCAGAAGCAAGGUUCUGGUAACAAAAGCGAAGAAGACAUGAGAUCUCAUAUUGGAUUGCCUGCAUUGGAGAUCUCUGCUGCUUUUCCUCAGGCAACCCCAGCGACAAUAUUUCCUGCCAUGACUUCUGAUUAUUACCAAUUUGAUGAUUUGCUAAAUUCCGAGGAGAGUUCAUUGCGAAAAAAUGUCCGAAAUGUUAUGGAAAAAGAAAUUGCUCCGAUUAUGGCAAAGUGCUGGGAGAAGGCAGAGUUUCCCUUCCAUGUUAUUCCAAAGCUUGCUGCUCUGAAUGUUGCUGGGGGAACAAUAAAGGGUUAUGGUUGUCCGGGACUUUCGAUCACUGCUAGUGCUGUUUCUUUAGCAGAGAUUGCUAGAGUCGAUGCUAGCUGUUCCACCUUUGUAUUGGUUCAUUCUUCAUUAGCAAUGCUUACAAUUGGACUUUGCGGAUCAGAGGCGCAAAGACAGAAAUAUUUACCAUCGUUAGCACGAUUUAGUACAGUUGCAUGUUGGGCUUUAACUGAGCCUGACUAUGGAAGCGAUGCAAGCUCUUUGAGUACCACUGCGACAAAGGUUAAUGGAGGUUGGUUAUUGGAAGGACAGAAGCGGUGGAUAGGAAACAGCACGUUUGCCGAUGUCCUGGUUAUUUUCGCUCGGAACACAAGUACAAACCAGAUUAACGGGUUUAUUGUGAGGAAGGGUUCCCCUGGUUUAAGUGCUACCAAAAUAGAAAACAAAAUUGGGCUAAGAAUUGUUCAGAAUGGAGAUAUUCUAUUAAAGAAAGUAUUUGUCCCAGAUGAGGAUAGGUUACCAGGUGUUCAUUCCUUUCAGGACACAAGUAAGGUACUCGCCGUUUCUCGCGUUAUGGUUACAUGGCAGCCGAUCGGCAUUUCGAUGGGCGUAUUUGACAUGUGCCAUCGGUAUCUUAAAGAACGGAAGCAAUUUGGAGCCCCACUCGCCGCAUUCCAAAUCAACCAGAUAAAACUAGCUCGCAUGCUCGGAAACAUUCAAGCCAUGCUUCUUGUUGGUUGGCGCCUCUGCAAGCUAUAUGAAUCGGGAAAGAUGACUCCUGGUCAGGCUAGCUUGGGGAAGGCUUGGACCAGCAAUAAGGCCAGGGAAACUGUUUCUCUUGGCAGAGAACUACUUGGUGGCAAUGGUAUCCUGGCUGACUUCUUAGUGGCAAAGGCAUUCUGUGAUCUGGAGCCAAUACUUUCUUAUGAAGGGACUUAUGAAAUCAAUAGCUUGGUGACUGGAAGAGAAAUUACGGGGAUUGCAAGCUUUAAGCCUGCUGUGCUGGGUAAAGUAAGCCGCCUUUAAUUUUGAUUUUAAGCCCGUGGAAGAGGAGGUUUAAUGCUCAAAUUAUGCUCAUUUAAUUUCUAAGUUGUGUGUAUCAUGCAAUAAUAUGAAAUUUGUUCGUUAGCUUCUAGAAUAAAAAUAACACCACAAUAAAUUAUGUUUAUUGCUGCUUA